AUGGGGAGCUUUUAUGCCUUCAUGGCCUUGAAGAGUGCACAAAAUUCUCGAUUGAAGAAGGAAGAUGAACCUGCCAAUGAUUUCGUAUCUCUAUGGGUCAAGAAUCAUCCUACGAAAUUGAUCCUUGAUGGUGUGAAGGAAGACCAUCAAGGUGAUGAAGAUGAUUUCCGUACUCCGAAGGAUAUUUUUCGAGUCAACGUGGAAGCCAAUCAUAAGACUAAAUUUGAUUCCCAUGUUUCAAAGGUCCUGAAUGUUACGACUUGCAGUAGCUGUAGGUGUUCCUUUCGAACUGUGGAGUCGGAAGUCGAGCAGCUCUUCCUUCAUUCUUGUUCAGCGGUCAAAGUUCAUUCUGUUCUUGCUUUUGAUUGGAGUGGGUGUUCAUAUGUCCUUAGGAAAGAAAAGUUGUUUGCUAAUUUGAAGAAGUGUACUUUUUACACUGAUAAGCUUGUUAUUCUAGAAUUUGUUGUUAGUACACAAGGUAUACUGGUUGAUGAAGAGAAGGAAGGACGACCAGUUGCUUACUUCAGCAAGAAACUAAGUGGGGCAGCCUUAAACUACCCAACUUAUGAUAAGGAGUUGUAUGCAUUGGUUCGGGCUUUAGAGAUGUGGCAACACUACCUAUGGCCUAAGGAAUUCUUGAUUCACACUGAUCAUGAGUCCUUGAAAUGCUUGAAGGGACAAGACAAGCUAAACAAAAGGACUGCGCAUUGGGUGGAGUUCAUUGAGACAUUUCCAUACGUCAUCCGGUAUAAGCAAGACAGGGGGAAUAUGGUCGCCGAUACACUUUCUCGCAGAUCUGUUCGUUCUGCUACUAAAUUUUCACCAUUUGAAAUUGUGUAUGGAUUUAAUCAUUUAACUCCAUUGGAUUUAUCUCCUUUACCUUUGACUGAGCAUGUUAAUUUAGAUGGCAAAAAGAAAGCUGACUUUGUCAAGCAGAUUCAUAAGAAAGCACGACUAAACUUUGAGCGAAGAAUGGAGCAGUAUGCAAAACAAGUCAACAAGGGGCGUCACAAGCUACUUUUUGAACCCAGAGAUGGGGUGAUGAUUUGA